GUUCUCAACUGCCGACGACAAAGCUCAAGCACCAACAUGAAGGAUCCAUUGGCUCGGAUUACUGCUUGCUCACACAUCACUUGCGGAUGGCGAACCCCAGCUCCGAGCGCCAACAUACCGGUUCCAUUGCAGACACACGAACAGGACCCCUGCCUGCUGUUGAAGAGAUGGUCUAGACUUCUAGAAUGCGCCUUUUCAUCAUGAUCCGCUUUGGC